AUGAAGUUUGGGGGGAAGGGGAUGAUCCAGCUGAUGGCACUGCUAUACAAUCGGGUGUGGAAAAACGAGUAUAAGCCAAGUAGAAAGAGGGCGGGAAAGCCGACGUACUGCUUCUUCCUGGACGUGAAAAAGGCAUACGACACCGUAUGGAGAAAUGGGUUGUGGAAACAACUGUCCAAAUACGGGAUCAAGGGGAAAAUGUGGAGAGUGCUGAAGAAGAUGACAGAGUGUACGAAAAGCGCGGUCAUGCUAGACGGAGAACUGUCAAAAUUCUUCGACAUUGAGCAGGGGGUCCCACAAGGUUGCACGCUGUCCCCAACAUUGUUCCAGGUGUUCAUCAACGAUCUGUUGGAAGUCGUAGAGGCAGUCCGGAAGGGAGUAAAAGUAGGGGACACGGAAACGUCGGUUUCAGGAAUGCUGUCUUGCGGAGAUUUUGUCGGUAUGUCGGACACCCCGGACGGACUGCAACCGCAAAUUGACGCGGCGAAGAAUGAAAGAACUCGAGGCGGCGCAGAUGAAAGCAGCGAAAAUACGGUAGGGAGAAUCAUCCAAGGUAGAAAGAGGGCGGGAAAGCCGACGUACUGCUUCUUCCUGGACGUGAAAAAGGCAUACGACAUCGUAUGGAGAAACGGGUUGUGGAAACAACGGUUCAAAUACGGGAUCAAGGGGAAAAUGUGGAGAGUGCUGAAGAAGAUGACAGAGUGCACGAAAAGCGCGGUCAUGCUAGACGGAGAACUGUCAAAAUUCUUCGACAUUGAGCAGGGGGUCCCACAAGGUUGCACGCUGUCCCCAACAUUGUUCCAGGUGUUCAUCAACGAUCUGUUGGAAGUCGUAGAGGCAGUCCGGAAGGGAGUAAAAGUAGGGGACACGGAAACGUCGGUUUCAGGAAUGCUGUUUGCGGAUGAUUUUGUCGGUAUGUCGGACACCCCUGAGGGACUGCAACUGCAAAUUGACGCGGCGAAGAAGUUUACUGAUAAGUGGAGAUUGUCUGCCAACGUUAAAAAGAGUGCCGUCAUGUACACAUACCUUGGAGUAGAGAUCGCAAAAGACUGCUCGUGGAAUGCACACAUGUCCAAGGUAGCGGAAAAGGGCAAAUCACGAGCAGGGAAGCUGCAUCCAAUACUCGCAAACCGGCACCUCGAUACACGCAUCAAAUUGACGGUUUUGAAGAGCGUAAUCGUACCGCCGCUAGAGUACGCCGGAGAAGUAUGGGAAGGAAAUAAGAAGGUAGUGAAAGAACUCGAGGCGGCGCAGAUGAAAGCAGCGAAAACCAUCCUAGGAUGCUCCAGGCGCACAAGUAAUGCAGCCGUGAGGGCAGAAUUGGGGAUCCAAUCCCUACGUUCGGGAAGAGACGCGAGGAAGCUGACAUUACAGUAUCACAUGUGCGGGAUGGGAGAGGAGAGGUUGCCGACAAUUGUAUGGGAGGCGAAGUGGGCAAACAAAAAGAGGGGUAGACAACCCACGGAAUGGGUCAAGGUUGUAGAGGACGUAUGGAAGGGGCUCGACAUCGACGAAGAUGAAACGCUGGAAACGGAGGGUCUACAGGGGUUCAAGGAGAAGAUAUCUGUUGCUUGUGCCGAGAGAGAAGAACAGAAUCUGAGGAAAGAAUCCAAGGAUAAGGAGGGUCUAGAAGUGUACGGAAUGUUGAAGGAAGGAAUAGGGUUCAAGGACUACCUACAUGGACCAAUGGAUGCAGGAACAAAGCUUAAGGUCAAAUUCAGGACCGGGGACAUAGGCCUUCGAGAACGUCGACGAAGACAUAGGACGGUAGACGACGAAGAUGACGAGAGGUGAUUACGGCUCGGAAUGCGACGACCGUGUUCAUGUAGUAUAGUCGCGGAAUGUCCGUUGUACAAGAAGGAG